AGGCCUCCCUAUAAGGCAUCUGCGUAUUAUAAGCCACAUCUGGCUGGCAGCGCCACACACUAUUGCCAAAAAUCGGCGCGUUUACAUCCUUGUAUAAAUAAAAGUGGCUUUUAGUUGCUGAGUCUUUUGUAAAAUUGUUUUGGUGAUAUAUAUUUAGAUGCUGAAAGUUUUGUGAUUUUGGACAAUUUUAUUUUUAUUAUACUGACGUGUGAAGCUAGUAUUCAAAGUUUGGACAAUAAUUCAAAUCUACCAAUUGACCCUUGUACACUUUAAUUGUUAAGGUAAAAAGUACUUUUGAAAAUGGAAUUAUUAUUAUGAUAAUCAAGGACUUGUUUAAUGACUUAUUAAUUAGUCCGUGAUAAUGGCUCACAGGAGAAAGAGCUCCCACCCCGUGUGUAAGACUCGCAGGAACUUGGAAUUUCUACAGGAUGAGGAGGACGAUGACGAGAAUCAGGAGAGGUCAUCAGGUUCUGGAGACCACGACAACAAGGCGGUCGUCAUGGAGACAGGCGGUGGUGAAGGUCAGCAGAUCGUCCUACCCUCUGAUCUCUUCAAGGAUUUUGAAGCGGUGCGUAACAAGACGAAAAUGGACACCACGGAUCUAAUGCGGAGGCUUCUUAAAGACUACCAGAGCAUUUCGAGCAGUGGAGACAAACCCCUGACCGUCACCACAUCAGAGUCUCACAUUGACCACGAUAUCCAUAGCAACGACUCCCUGGCAACAAGCGUAACAUCAAUUGCCAAGGACGUUUCAUUAGCAACAACGCGUGUGGAUACUGAUGAUGAUCAAUACCAGGGUCUUGACCUUUCAGUGGGGACAAGGAAAAUUACGUCACAGUUGUUUGACACUAAAUCAUUGGAGCUGGGGACGUUUGAUCAACCUCUUGAUCUGACGUGCACAAAACCAGAGGGCAUGAAGGAGGAGCUACGCCCUGACAGUCCAUCAUCCACACAAAUGGACAUGAAUGGAAGCGGAAAUGAGUUUAAUUAUGUGUAUGUGUACCCGGGCCUUUACCCGCCUGGGUCCGUGGUGAACUCAGUGGACGACCUUGACACACAUCCGGAAAUGACGUCACCAGUACCGGAACUCGUCUCUCCUGGGAAGAUUCCAUCACCUGACACCCUGUCGCGAGCGCAAUAUCUCGCCACCACUGAAGCAUUGGAGUCAGCAUACGGAGCUGCUGAGCGACUAGCAAAGAAUCAAGUCUCGACCACUUCGUGCAUUUAUGAAAAAAUGGCUUCUCCGCAAAUCAAGAAAGAGAUGGGAGAAUUAGAAAUCCGUCCGAAACCGUACACUCAAUCCAGCCCCAAUACUUACGCUCAACGAGCACCGCCUACGAAAUCCGCUAAAAGUCGGGAUUCUAAAAAAUCUACGGAAAUGAAGGUCAUCUCUGAACACACCUCAGCCGGGGUCUACACAAGUGUGAUGAAACUUCCUUGGAGUCGGCGUACCAGAACCAAGAAACCCAAACAUAAGAUAAAGCUGGAGGAUACUCUGAUACCGCAGUUUAUGCUGGAGCAACAGUAUCAGGAAGAAGGGGAGCUGCCCAGUCCCAAAUCCUCUUCCGGAUCUUACGAGAAUUCCCCGUCUCAUUGCUCAAUGCAGGUCAGUUCACAUUCCACUGUAGGGUCGCCCGCCACCUCACAGUCUGUCAUGAUGGUGUAUCCUAACAGUGGGGGUAGCGCCUAUGGAAAGCCAAUCAGGAGGCGCGGCCGACCACCAAAACUGCCCAUGUUGGCCAAGCUGCUUCAUGAACAGCAAGGUGGGAAAAGGGAGAAGGCUGGUAAAGAGGGAGAAACUAUGCAAGCGCAUAUAUCUCAUCAAGUACAGGCUAAUGGCGGGGCUCUUGUUUACAACUCUGAUGGGCAAAUCACAAGCGCUUAUGGAAACGGAUUAACGAUGCAACAUCAGCUACCAUCAACACAACCACAGCAUCAACAAGAACAACCGAGCUUUUCCCCAUCCCCGAAUUCUGCUUCACCACUUGAGACAGCAAUGAUAACAUCCGCACUGUCCAUGCCUCAACUGCAGCCGGCUGUAAGCAUUCCAAAUAUGGCACAAGCUCAGUUCCUCGGCCAGAUUCCCCUUUCCCAACUGAUGGGCGGACCCAUACAAUUCCUCGGUCAAUUUCCUGCUAACGCAUUACCAUUCCCACCAGGACAAUCGAUGACAGCGUUCCACAUGCCUAUCCCAACCGGCGAACCACAAGAUCAGACUGGAACAGGAUCUAACGACGGUCAGAAACCAGAAAACAUCCCUUCUAAUUUACCCCCUGGGUUCCAGUACGCGUUCCAACCCAUGUUUAUACCUCACCCUGUGUCACUUCCGCAACAACCUCCGCCUCCCUCUACUCCGCCAACUAUAGCGGCAGGGGAAUUAACUGUCGAAUCAUCAAGUGAAGCCUCUUUUUCUGCAACAGAAGAUACUUCUAGCAUAAUGUCGUCUGCUACAACUCACGUGAUGAAAAUGGCGAAUUCUAGUACAGUCAGCACAAUGAGUACUACGAGCAUAUCUAAUACUGAUUCUGGAGCAAUUUACCAAGAAAUGAUACUGUCAUCCAAGUCACUGGUUGACGUUAAGAGAAGAAAACGACAGACGGCAAUUCAAAUGUUGAAAUCCAAAUCCGGGGAUAACAACUUCCUGUGCACCUCGUUCAGGAUCCGUCCUCGAUUGGUCGCCCAGGCGCAGGCGCAGAAAGAACGUCAAGCUGCGCAGGGAGAAAGAGAAGAGGACGAGGACGUUGGAGCAGAACUUAUUGCAGGUCAAAAAAACUUGAUAGUUCCCCAAAAUGAUGUUAAGUGUCAUUUUGGGGAAAAUAAUACUAGUGAUUGUGAUGUUGAUUUUGAAAGUAUUCAGAUUAAAAAAGAGGUUGACCCAGAUGAUGAUGUUUAUCAGGAGAUAGAAGAACUUGAAAUAAACAACAUAGUUGAACAUAAGGACGAGAAUAACGUAAAAGAUGUCAAGCCAACAGUGUUUUCUAAAAGGCUGGCACUAAAAGGUUCACAAAAAAGAAAGGCGAAGUUUUACGGAAGCAGGAUAGUGAAUGAAAAAUCAGAAAAACCUACACCGCGGGAACUUGUUGUUGGAGGCGUAGCGAACAUUAACAAUAGUGCAGCUAACGACAUGUUCCAAGAAAUGUUCAACUGCAAAGUUUGUAACAACAUAAUUUCUGUCGAUGAAAUGGAGGCCCACAGUCUAGAUCACCUAAAAAGUACAACAUAUCAGUGCCGGAAAUGUGGAAAGGGUUAUGGCGAAAGUGCUGUUGGGCGAUCCACGAAUCCAGUGUGCGAGACGUGCCAAGAGCCAUUGGUCACUGUGGCUGCACUUAGUGACAACGGGAUUAAGUCCGCUUUAAGUUGUGACGAGUGCACAGAGACUUUUAAAUCAUUGCCCGAAUUUUAUGAACACAAAACAGCUCACAGAAAUGAUCCCAACUCGCAGGGAGGUUUUGAGUGCGACUUCUGUGGGAAAGUUUACCAAUACUACCACGCGCUACAAUUUCACAGGAGGACACACAGAGAACGCCGCGUGCCCUGCAUGGAGAAGUCGUGCGACAUGAAGUUCCGCAGCCGAAAGGAAAUGGAGAACCACUAUGAAGCCAAACAUCCGGACAAGAAGGAAUACUUCCAUUGCGUUUAUGAUGGAUGUACGAAACGAUUUCUCAAGAAUUUUCACCUACAGGAGCAUAUUCGAGUUAAGCACUAUAAUAUUAAAGCCUUCCAAUGCCCCUGGCCGGGGUGUACGAAAGAAUUUGCGGCCCAGAGACAUUUAAAAAUCCAUCUUUUGAUCCACCGAGACGAAAAGCCGAUGAAAUGCGACCACUGCGAGUACCGGUGCCGACAGCGGAGCGCUAUGAACUGGCACAUGCGCAAACACCCGGAUGUACCGUAUAAAUACAAGCGCGCUGUCAAGUCACCGAGCGCCUCAAAGUCAGAGAGCGAAUGAAAGGAAAACCAAUCAUCAGCUACUUGAAGAUGUUCAAUAAUAAUGACGAAUAACUUUCUUCAGUUAGUGACAGUAUACAAUCACACACGCCUGUUACGCUUAAUAGUCUUUGCUUUACUGGCAUAUACUAUGGACUGGACCCAAUAACAUUAUUUAUCAGUCGUGGCUAAAUUAAUAUAUAAAACCAUGCACUAGACAAAAUUGAAGAUGUCAACUCCAAAUGGCCUAGAAUAGUUUAGGGGUUAAACUACACGAAGGAUGGAGCUCACAAAAGAUGGAUUUUUAAAUGUCUCUAGGUUGCAAACAUUCUGAAAACAUUGAACGAAGGGAGGUUAUAUCGGAAAUGUUAAUACUAAAUAGCUUUUUGGAGCAAGUCAGAGUAUUUCCCCUUGUUAAUUGCAAAUGCGAUAGCGGAAGUAUUAUAUUGACAAUCUUAGCGAUCAAGUUGUUUUUACAGGAAAGUCAUAACGAAUGAAUGAUUCAUUUUUUUUUUCAUUUUUUUUUUAAUAAAGUUAUCCUAAACUUAUUUGUUUUUCUCCCCAUUCGAAAAAUGAUCCCCAGUGAGCACAAUUUACUACAUUUACAAGUUAUGUUUAUUCUUCAGCUGAGUAACUGACUGAUAAGUUGGAUUUAUUUUAGUUAAAAACGAUUAUUAUAUUUGGAUGACCUCAAAUAUAAAGUAUGUUACAUAGGGUGAGCCAAGGUAUUUUCUUAAUUUAACCUUUAUUAAUAUUUUUUUUAAAAACAAUAUACAAAACCGACAUUUAAAGGUUUAUACAGAUGAAAACUGUCAAUCCUGUAUAAUAGGCGGUGGCCUGUUUGAGUACAUGUAUAUACGGGAAUCAAGCUCAAAGCUUAAGACUCAUUUUAAGAUUAUUUCCAGUAAUUAUAUUUAUUACUUCAUUUUUUUUUAUGCAAAUGACCCGAGCAAAGACAGAUCUUUACAACUGUACAAUAGUUUGAUUUAAAAGCUCUCCACCUUGAUUUCGAGGUUAAUCAUGGACAACACAAUAAAAUGCAGUUCAUCGUUGUCCAAUGCCCACAAUCAUCCUUCACGUUUUAUGACGUUUUGUUCAUCCAUUGUAAAAGCCUUGAUUUUUCAUUUUUUUAUUCAUAAUGGAGAUAGUUUUCCAAAAAACUCCCUUAAUACGCUUCAGAGCUUUUUCAAACCUUGCUUUUGAAUAAAAAAUGUUCUUGUCAUGUGCUCCACUUGCCACGCUUAAGUCUCUGACUCUCAUUGUUGAAUGUUAAAAAUGAAAGGCUUUUACGAGAUGAGGUGAAGCACAAUCCAAUUUUAUAACAUAUGCAUACAAUACAAAAUAUUAUCAAAGAUCUAGGCUGUACAAUUGAAAAAUAAAUAAAUGCAUAUGUUUGCAUGAUUUGUAUUU